GGGCGGGCAGGGGGGUUUCGUUUCCGGGCUGAGGACGCCUGAGAACGCGGGGGGUUUCCGGGGUGCGGGCAGUCUAUCGGCCCGCGGGUAUGGAUGAGGACGGGUUGCCCAUCGUGGGCUCCGGCAUCGACCUCACUAAGGUUCCUGCUAUUCAGCAGAAAAGAACUGUAGCGUUUCUAAACCAAUUUGUUGUUCACACAGUGCAGUUUCUGAACCGCUUUUCUACUGUUUGUGAAGAGAAAUUGUCAGCACUUUCUCUCCGUAUCCAGCAAAUUGAAACAACACUCAAUAUAUUGGAUGCAAAGGUUUGUAUGUAUACAGACUGUAACUUUGAGCAGUGACAGAUGUGUCUGAUG